AUGGAAUUAACAUAGAAAAUGUUUUCACUAAUCUUGUUUUUUAUCUUUUUGCCAAAAGUUAUACUUUAAAAUCAAACAUCUGAUUUAAGAAUAAUAUCUUUAUUAAAAGAUAAUUUAUUUCAAGGGAAAUGGAUGUCAAAAGUUCAAUCUAUGAAAUAAUUUAAUUAUUUAACUCUUGAUUCAGGAGAAAUAUAAGCAGAAUUUGGAGAAUCUUUUAUUUAACUUUUUAUUUAAAAUCCUAAAUAUUAGGAAAAAAAACAUGUGAUUGCUAAAAUUUAACUUUCAAAUUAUUCUGAAUCAUCAAAGUAAUUUUUUUCUAUAUUUUUUAGUACAUGGAUUGAAAAAAACGAUAUAUUUCUCUCUGGUGGAGAUAACUUACUAUAAACUUGGACUGAAAGUUAAUGUAAUGGCAUUUUUAUAUUCUAAAUAAACUAAGAGUCUGAAGAAUUUGAUAUAAAUGAACUUUCAAUAGAUGGUGAUUUAUAAUCUACAGAUACUAAUAAUAUUCAUUGUCAAAUUAAUUUGAGUUUUAAUAUAAAGAGAACUUAUAAUUACGCUUUUAUAAAUAAUCUGCUCUUUAGUUCUAUUGCCACUUUAAUAUUAAUAAUAUAAAUGGCGUCAACAAAUAAAUUAAUUUAAUAAAUUAAAUAACAAUAAAUACAAACUUUAUAAGUAAACAAUUAAAUCAAAUUAUUGUUAGCUUUCUUUCCUGGCAGCAAUAUUAUCUAGUAUCCAAGGUUUAAAUAUAUUUUAUUUUUUUGUCAAUACCUUAUUUCAAAACUUUGUAAAAUUUAUACUUAUUUUCAAGAAUUACGCUUAUUUUUACAUCAUUCCUACCUUUCUUUAACUUACCCAAGCUAUUUUUAAAGAUUCGAGUAUAGUAGGAUUAAUUUGGGGUUAAAGGUAGAUGCUUGCACAAUUAGAGAGAAGAGCAUUAAUAAAAUAAAUUAUUUAUUUUAUUUUAAUUUCAAGUAUUCUAUUUAAUUCCAUUAGAUUUCUUUAUCAUUUUAAAUCUUAUCCUAUAUUAAUUAUAUGGAAACUCAUUUUAUUUCAUGCUUACAUUAGCUUUUGCUCUAUACCCAUAAGUAAUUCAUAAUGUGAGAGUUGGAUAAAAAAAUUACAAAUUUAAUAAACUUUAUGUCUUAGGAUUUUUGUCUUCAAAGCUAUUUUUUUAUGUAAAUUUAUAAUUAAUUAUAGCCAUAUGUUAGAAGUUGUCCUGCAAAUGUAAGGAAUAUGGAACCAGAUUAUUUAUUUGCAGGACUAUUUUUAAUUAUUUAUUUAUUUUCUUUAUUCCUACUUUAUAUUCAAGAGAAAUAUGGAUCAAGAUGUUUUAUACCUAAAUUUUUAUUACCAAAACCGUUUCGCUAUAUAAAAGAGGUAAUUGUUCAUGAUUCAAUGGAAUGCCCUAUUUGUUUAAAUCCACUUAACUUAAGCCCUGAUGAAAUGGAUACAAAACAAAUUAAUAAAUCAUUACUGCAAUAAAUAAUGGUAACACCAUGUAAACAUGAAUUUCAUCCCUAAUGUUUAUAGUAAUGGAUACAAAUAUAAAAUAAAUGUCCUUAGUGUAGGAGAGAUUUACCUCCAUUUAUUGAGAAUGAGCUUUGA